CCUCACCACUUUCUCCCAUCGCCGCUUCGGAAGCCAGCCAGCGGCAUUCAUUUUGUUCCUCUCCCACAAGCCGAACUCAUUUUCACUUCGAUUCUAUUCUUUUCUCACAGAUUUCUCCUUCAUCCUUGCCCUUGGCUUCUCCUGUGAUAUACACUGCCGCUGCUUAUCCAUAGCUCAGAUUCUUGAGAAAGACCUUGCUACUGUGAUUUCCACCCCUCCUCCAACCAACCCCCGAAAGCCCCACUACAGCAAUCGCCAGUAUGGGUGUCAAGGAUAUCUUGUCGCGAAAGGAGGGCGUCAUCGUCGGUGACGAUGUCUUGAAUCUCUUCAAAUACGCUCAAGAGCACAACUUUGCAAUUCCCGCCAUUAACGUGACCUCCUCCUCGACCGUUGUGGCCGCUCUGGAAGCUGCCCGUGACGCAAAUGCCCCCAUCAUUCUCCAGGCCUCUCAGGGAGGUGCUGCGUACUUCUGUGGCAAGGGUGUCAAGAAUGAUAAGCAACAAGCAUCUAUUGCUGGUGCGGUAGCUGCGGCUCACUACAUCCGCUGUGUCGCUCCCGCAUACGGUGUCCCUGUUGUCCUGCACACCGAUCACUGCGCGAAGAAGCUUCUUCCCUGGCUCGAUGGCAUGAUGGACGCGGACGAGGCCUACUUCAAGGAACAUGGCGAGCCUCUGUUCUCCUCACACAUGAUUGACUUGUCUGAAGAAGCUGUUGACUGGAACAUUGAGACCACGGCGAAAUAUCUCAAGCGGGCGGCACCCAUGAAGCAAUGGCUUGAAAUGGAAAUUGGUAUUACCGGUGGAGAGGAAGAUGGUGUCAACAACGAGGAUGUCGACAACAACGCCCUUUACACCCAGCCCGAAGACAUCCACUUGAUCUACACCACCUUGAAGAAGAUCUCUCCCUACUUCUCGAUUGCCGCAGGCUUCGGUAAUGUUCACGGUGUCUACAAGCCCGGCAACGUCCGUCUUCACCCAGAACUGCUGGACAAGCACCAAAAAUACGUCAAGGAGAAGGAGUCCACCAAGACGGACAAGCCCGUGUUCCUUGUCUUCCACGGCGGCUCCGGCUCGUCCAAGAAGGAAUACACCGAUGCCAUCAGCUAUGGUGUGGUCAAAGUUAACCUCGACACCGACUUGCAAUAUGCCUACCUGACUGGUAUCCGUGAUUAUGUGCUGAACAAGAAAGACUACAUCAUGAAGCAAGUCGGUAACCCAGAUGGUGAGGACAAGCCCAACAAGAAGUACUUCGAUCCCCGCGUGUGGGUGCGUGAAGGUGAGAAGACCAUGAGCGCUCGUGUGGCAGAGGCGUUGAAGGACUUCAACACUGCUGGCACUCUGUGAAACGGUCUCAACAUCAAGAACUGGGAAUGCCGCUGAAGGGGUUCCUGCGCAUCCUUAUAUCUUUUGGAGAGAUGACGCUUGCCUGCCUCCAUUAUUAUCGAGAGCAGAACUUUUUAAGUGAGGAAUAGCUCCCCUGUACCCUAGCUUUAUCCUACAUACCUUGAAAACUUCCAGCCAAAAGGAGAAUAGUUCUAUUCCAGUGGGACCUCGAUUUUUCCAUGUGGCAGUGACGGCUUGCUCGUGCCUGAGUGGUGGUUCCAUUCGGCUUCAACCACCAUACGUCACCGAGAUUGAAGGGGACUUUGGCUCCCUCCAACCACAUUGAGACCCUCG